UAGUUUCUGGCGCUUUUUCCUACGAUGAUAGCUCUGUCGCUUCAGCCUCCAGAAAAAAAAGUGGACGAAAAACCUUAGCAAAUUAAAGAGCUAUCUGUGAUUCUGUUUGUGGUUUCUUAACUCUGGGCGAAAACAUCUCGUUUGUCUGGCAUCGACAGCGGCGUUUUAAAAAGAGAAACGUCUUUUCCUCCCCACAGCGACCAUAGGAGCGUCAGGGAGAUGGGCUGCUCCGCGAAGCGACACCCUUAGAGAUCUCCCCCUGCUUUUCACCCCGACAGGAGAGACGCUUACCUUAGCACACCGUGUAACUUACCGACAGCCACGAACUCCGGAGGAACAGCGUAUUUGUGAAUCUAAAACAAGCACGGGUGGAAUUUCUGAGCCGAAGACAAAUUCGUUCGCUUAACUUCUGAUAUGCAGUUGUAGAGGAACAAACGGACACCAAAAGAAGCUGCUCCCAGGAUCCAAAGUGAAAUGGCAGAGAAUGCUGUGUACUGCCCUCUCCUUAGGGAUAUGAUAAACACCUCCAAGCAUUCCAACAGUUCGGACAGGCCCUUCAGCUAUGCAGCCGUCUGCUUGCAUGGCAUUGUGUCCAUUUUUGGGAUCCUGGAGAACCUCCUGAUCCUGUGGGUGAUUGGAUUCCGGGUGCGUCGGACAGUGAUCAGUGUCUGGAUCAUUAACCUAGCAGCCUCCGACCUCCUGGCCACUAUCUCUCUGCCAUUCUUCACUCACUUCCUGGCAAGAGGUGGAACCUGGACCCUGGGGACCACCUUCUGCAAGAUCCACUCCUCCAUGUUUUUCCUCAACAUGUUUGUGAGUGGCUUCCUGCUUAGCGUGAUCAGCCUGGACCGCUGCCUGGUGGUCAUAUACCCUGUGUGGUCCCAGAACCACCGAGAUGUCCGUCUGGCCACGCAGGUGUGCAUCGGGAUCUGGAUCCUGGCCGUUAUCAACACGAUCCCUUAUUAUGUCUUUCGGGACACCAUCGAGAGAAACGAUGGGAGGAUCAUGUGCUAUUAUAACUAUGCACAAUACAGGUCCCCCGAGCAAGAGGUGGACACCCUCUGUGGGAUGAGGCAGGAUGUCUUGGCCAUCAGCAAGUUCCUGUUGUCGUUCUUCAUUCCACUGCUUGUGAUCAUUGGCAGCUACAUGGCCGUGAGCUCCAGCAUCACGAGACGCGGCCGGAAGCGUACCUAUCGGUUCUUCCGCCUGGUGGUGGCCGUCAUCAUCACUUUCAUCCUCUGCUGGAUUCCUUAUCACAUCUUCAGCUUGCUGGAGGCGGCCACUCAUUAUUACCCCAGUCUCCAUCACUCGGUCUCCCUGGCUCUGCCGCUGGUCAGCAGCCUGGCCUUCAUCAACAGCGUCGUCAACCCCUUCCUGUACGUGUUCAGCUGUCCUGACUUCUUGGCCAAGAUCCGGCAGUCGCUGAGCGCAGUGAUGGAGAGCGUGCUGAUGGAGGACACAGACUUCCAACACCGCCGCAGCACCACGCGCUCCUCGGUCAGCACCAGCGAGCUAUUGAGCCGCGGGUACAAGUUCCGGUGGCAGCGCGACAAGCUGAGCAGCAUGGAGAAGGAGGAGGACCUGCCGACUGUGUUUUGACCUUUGACCUUGGCUCAUGCCGAUAGAGUCUGUCAACAGGAAAGGCAAUGAUGGCUGAUGUCCUCUGGGGUGAUAGGUGUUAUAUAACUAUAGGACGUCUGCAAUAAGUUAGAAUGGUGAAUCUGCGCUCCAUGGGAGGGAAUGAGGGAAAAUGACUUGCCUGUCAUGAAUUCCUGUAUAGAAAUUCUUAGGCCAUGUUUUUCAGCUCCUAAGUAUAACUCAUUAUUUUUUUAUGAAAUUGUGACUUCACAAGUGGAAUGCUGUGGACUUUGUACGAUCCCUUGUUUUUAACAAAAUCAACAAACUAACAAUGAUUGUGCACUGCUGAAACAUUCACGGGCCAAACGGGAGCACAGUUCCUUUGUCCUGGAGCUCAAGAAAAAAAACUGCUUUUAUUUUUCAGAGAAUAUGCUGCCUUACCAUUUAACCAAACUCAGACUAGCGUGAGCCAUUCAUUAUGUGAAUGAGACUAAUGUUUUUUUUCUUUUUUUUGGGAUAAACUCAACACCAUGCAGCCCACCAGCCUAAUUUGUACAUACAUAUACAUGUGUAAACUAAUGUAUUAAUAGGAAAAAUGUGCAUUAUCAGUAAA